AUGCCUGUCUCCUGGACCCCGGAGAACGACGCCAAACUCACGGCCAAGAUCAUCCAGAUGGCUGACGUGAAGCUCAACGCCGCUCAGAUGAAGGAGCUCGCCGACGCCAUGGACUGCACCCCCAAAGCGAUCUCCCACCGCCUGACGCACUUCCGCAAACUCGGCGGCACCUCGUCCAACAUCGCCACCGUCGACCCAGCCGCCAAGGGCAAAGCUAUGGCCGCGAAGGCGAAGCCGGAUAAGAUUCUCACGCCUAAGGAUGCCAACAACAGGGUCACUAAGCCCGCUACUACGAAAGGUAAGAAAGCCAAGACGGAAGUCAAGCGUACCCCUACCCCUACCCCUUCCCCUUCCCCUUCCCCUGAGGCAGAGGCAGCGGCAGACGGCGAGGGUGGAGAGGACGGAAAGGAGGGAUAUGUCACCCCACCAACCACCGGACGCAAGCAGCGCGACACGAAGCGCAACUACGCCUCUCUCGCCGACGAGUCCGACAACGACAACGACGACUUCGAAGGCGUAGAGAGAAGCGUGCACGACUCGAGCGUCCACGCCGGCGAGAUCAAGCAGGGCGAAGAGCGCGAUGAGCCGGAGGUCGAAGGGUUGGGCGAGGAUGUGAAGAUUGAGGUCGGGGAGGAGAUUGGGGAGGGUUUGCGGAUGGGGGUGGAGGAUGAGGAGAGGUCUGAGGAGGAGGAGGCUGGGGGGUAUCAGCUUUACUGA